CUUCAACCACAACAGUCGUUCUAUUCUACACGUACUUCGUUGAAUUUAAACUUAAAAAACUAUUAUGCAUUUUAAGAGUGCUGUUAUUCUUUGUGCCGUGAAUUUCAUUUCAUCAGUUUGGAGCACUGGACUAAAUAAGGACCAAAUAGAAAUAUGUAUUCGUAUGAGUGACCCUAGUAAUCCUGGUAUAUUACACUAUAUUAGGAUUAUUAAAGACCUGAUGAAAUCCGGUUUUGGAAUUGAAAAACCUGAAGAAAUUUUUCAACACGACCCAAGGGACUACUAUUGUCACACUUUUAAGAGAGCAUUUUUGGCGUUAGCGUAUUCAGAUAAUAAAACAUCUGACAGCUUCGGGGUUCCAAUGUUGACGACUUUUGAAAUAGAGUAUUACAUCAAUAAGUUUCAUGAACACCUCCAACUUAAUGGGCAAUAUUCAUUUCUUAGUAAAGAACAACUACUAGACUUAUUUGGAAAGUUACACCUAACAGAAGAUGAAAAGGCAAAGGCCGAAAGUUUAGCUAACAGAGAAGGAGAUAAAAUCCAAUCAGCGAUACUCUUGUCAAUCAUGUUAGAAAUUCUACCAGAAGGCAAUGGUCUAAACGAAGCACAAAUCGAGGAGUUCAUUGAAUUGUAUAGAUAUCAAGAUACUGUUACCCGUUGCAUCGAACCUUUGAAAAUUCAAAACAUCUUGAACACGAUUCAUAUGGCUAUUGAGCCGCUUGAAGAGUCAAUGUUAUUUAAAUCUAACCGACCCUUUGCUAAAGUGUUGAUGGAGUUGGUUAUCAUUACGGCAGAACGUUUUAGGACAGAUAACAAAAAAGAUGAGAUAGUGUUAAGUACAAAAGAGAUCAGAUCAUUGUUAUAUGAAUUCACAGAACGUGACAGGAACCGAGACGGUGUACUAUUUGGUAACGAAGCAAGCAAGUUUGUGAGAGAAUUUAUCGCUAAAAAUCCACAAAUUCCCACAUUAAAUUUUAAUUAUAAUGAAAUACACGUUGCGAAGUUCUUAUUGUUCCACAUACAUGCGAAAAAAGUUGAAGAACCAUAA